AUGAGGUUCACUACUAUCUUCUUUCUCACUGCCAGCCUAGUCAAUGUCGCGUUCUCAUACACGGCGAAAGAGCUCGAUGCGCUACAGCAGUACCUCGUGGCGCUGGGAUCAGGCAUCGACACCAUUACCGCGGAUCUGAUCCCAUUUUCUGGCGCAGGUGGAACCAUUUCCAAAUUUUUUAACAUCCAGGUGGAUGACGAAGAAUCUCAAGAGUUGGUGAUAUCGACACUGGCCAGCUAUUAUACCAUUGCCAGGAACGCCGUCAACGGAUUUAUCGACGGGAAAUUCACCUUUGAUCAGCUUGGAGUCACCCCCCUUGUCAAGCCAAUCCUAACUGAGUUUAUCAGUGGUCUGUAUCCCAAACUCCUAGGAACCCUUGUUAAUCAUAUUUCGCCUGAGUUGCUCGGCAGGGCCAUCAAGCUACAGGAGGAGUACAAAGCGCUCGGGGACGAAGCCCUUGCGGCCUUCUCUUGAUUUUCUAGCAGAGUCGACGGGGGUUAUUUCCUGAAGACGUAUCACGUUCAUUUUAUUUUCAUGUUUGUAUAUGGCAGUUGAACAGACUUUUUUGGCUUAU